AUACAUAAUUUACGAUAAUUGAAGCACAUGCAAGAUAUUGCUAUGUGCAUCACUACAUAGCGUCGCGUAAGUGUUCGGGAUGCUAUCGAUCUGCGAUGCGAGCAACGAGCAGUUCUUAGGAUGUUGGGACCUAGGCUCGUGCCUGUGUCCCUGUAUUCUUUUAGAAUCCUCCAGAUCCUUAUUCUCUACCACUAUUGAUUUCUAAUGGGAUGACGAAGCCGCCCCUAUGUUGAAGAUUCCCGCACGUUUUAAACAAUGUGACCUCAGUGUUUCCCUUGCGUUUGAUUAUUGUGACUGCAUUGUCAACAUGGGUACCCGUGCUGCUGCAUUUACAGUCAAAAUACGCAACCUAUAUGACUUCCAGUUACGGCUUAUGCAAGGGGUUAUGCCACCCCCAUCGGGGGUGGACAUAGCAAAUACCAUCAAAUACUUCUCACAAACACUGCUUUCGGUCUUAAAAGAUGUACCCAAUUCUCCUCUUGAGCUUCUAAAAAAUCCAGAAAUGGACGCUACUCGCAUGGGUUUAUACCCUAGCCUCGACUACAAAGGUCUCUACAACUCUUUAAUCCCUCUGAUCGAAGUUGCACCUUUAAUCCAGUACGGCUUGCACGCUUUCGGCCAAGCAAUACUCCAAUGUUUCGGCUGUUUACUGCCUUUUUUAGAGCACGACCUGAUUGACAAUCUUCCUUAUUUGACUGCUUCAUCCAUCGCCGUCUUGCCGAGUGCCCUUCAUCAAGACAUCGUCAACUCAUUAUGCUUCUACAUCCUCCCAUUCACAAUAACUCGCCACAAAGAAAAGGAUUACGACAUCAGUAAUUCCGUAUCUGCUGUGAUAAUGAUGGUCUUUCAAUACUCCACGAAUCCCGCUCACCAUUGCCAGCUGCUCGAGUGCCUGAUGACCUUAAAGCAAUCAAUCUUGAAAGACAUCUUGAGCGUUAUAGCUUAUGGAAACAGCGCAGCACGUUCGUCCGCUGCAAAACUUUUGUUUUACUAUUGGCCUACAUUUAAUCCUAAUUUGUUCGACCGGAAGAACCUCAUUUGCAAAAUUGCAGAUCCGGCACCGUUCGUAUGUCAAAGGGAUUCCUGUCCGAACGCCGGAAAUGCGGAGGCCGCCAAAGUCUGCUAUGAUCAUUGCAUUUCCAUUACAUUCGCAACUGAUUCACCACCACCUUUGUAUUUAUGUAUUGAAUGCGCUAAUGAAAUCCACCGAGAGCAUCCAAAUCAGAUGUUUUUUGACAUUCUGCAUCCCAUGCAACAAGUUUCAAUGGUUUGCGAGAACAAAAACUGUCGCUCUACUGACAAAUCAGCCAUAUCAAUCUGCUUUUCGACGGAAUGUGCAAGCUACAACGGAAACCAUCCAAUUCGUUACUGCGAGCAAUGUCACAACAACCGACAUAAUAAUAGAAGAGGUGGUGACCACGUGGUGCACAGAAGUUUGCCACCAACGUGGUCAAUGGACGCCGAAAUGCAGACGUAUAUGGUAGAAGCAGUGGUAAGUCUACUGAAAGAAGCGAAAGGAACAUCAACUGAAACGAAAGAGAACAGCGACAACAAAAGCCCGGUGCCUUCGGUGGAUAACAUAACAUUAGAGGAACGACAACUAUUGGGUAGAUAUGGCGUUUGGUUGCUAGUGGGUCGUUGUACGCCAGACGAGAACACUCCGAUAGAAAUAUUGGGGCGGCUACUAGCCAUGCUCUUUCACUGGUUUCAUAUGACCGCAUAUUCGUAUGAUGGUCAAGAUGAGAGCACGCUGGAGAAGCUGAAAACCGAAAACGUGUGUGGAUGGUUGAGAGACAUCAGCGCAACGCAUUACCAAUUAUUCAUUUCUUGCCUGUUGCCUCAUCCACCUGAGUACGCAAGAGUCGGAGGCCAUUGGGACACACUCGCAUCCAGGACGUCCCACUUGAAAGAUGGCCUCAACCGUUUGUUUUGCUUGGUCCCAUAUGAAGUAAUAACGCAAGAUAUAUGGGAUUACGUGAUGCCGCAUUGGAUGGAAGCUGUAGUAAACGAUGUGCCUGAAAAAGAGUUGCCGGAACUUAGAAUCAUCUUGAGCAAGAUCCUGGACACGGAGAUGAGUCCGCUGGGAUUCGAUGCGAAAAAGAUGUACAACUUCGUUGCGCAGCGAUUCGAGAAAACUUCUGCAAAAGUACAAGAACAAGCUUUACAUUGGUUGCAAACGUUAACCAUGUUAGAAAUUGUGAUACCGUUAAAUUUAUUAUUUUCCAUCUUCGGCGAUGGGGUUAAGUAUAUGAAGUGCGGCGAGGAGGUCAGUGAGAAGAUCGUCAAGCAGAAGCCGGAGGUCAUUACUGCCAACGGUUUCCUUGUAGCCACUCCGAAUAACGUUAACUCUAUCACCCCGGUGAUCGAGGACUGCGUCGAUUCGGCUACUACCUCCUUGUCCGAUGACGAAGGACGAUUCUCUCAUCAAACACAAUUCGAGACUGAUGCCGAAAGGAACCUGUUUUGUUGUAUUCUUAUGUUGGAUAUUCUCUUGAAGCAAAUGGAACUGCAAGACAUCGACAAGCACACAGGCUUGAACUCGCUGCUAUGCAAGGACGUCUGCUGGCUUCUCAAGUGUAUGGUAACAGCUGCUUGGAUCGGAGGUCAUAGCUGCAAGCGAGAGUCGGAAUGCGGAUACUGCGAGUCCAGCAUCAUGUGGCACCAACUGUCGCUGCAGCUAAUCAAAUAUCUGUCGCCGAUUUACCCGGCGCAUCCACCCGACCCGCCCCUCGAAGAGAACCAGGAUGAUGGACAUAACCGGAAGAGCCCUCCGGAGAGCGAUAAAAAAGAUUCCAAGUCAGAUGUUGUUUUGAAUAUGCCCAUCCCUGAAAUUCAUUCGGUUGGUGGUGUUUUGGUUCAUAUGCCGCAUGUCUGUUCGAUUAUGACUGCCACCGUGGAGACUGUCUCCGAGCAAUUAGACCUGGCUGCUAUAAUUCCAGCAGAGAAGGUGGUAUCAGCUGUGGCGAGGGCUAUUACAUUGUCGGAGUCGGAUGUUGCUACGGCAACAGUACAGGUGGCAAAGCCUCAGGUGAUUGGUGAGAACGACGAGCCGAUGGAAUCCGAUUUGGGGGACGACAUGGAAAACUUCUGGCAUACAUCAAUUGGGAAGUUCAAAUUCAUCGUCGAGGAGCUACCGCAGCCUCUGCAGUAUAUUUACCAACUACUUCACGAACUGCCAAAAAUGGAGAAGCCCGAUGUGCUGUACUACAUGCUGCAAUGUUUGAAUGUUCUGAUUUUACAUGGAGACGCAUGUACAAAAGCCUCCAAAGAACACCGCGGUUUUUUCAUUUGGUGUCAAGAGAAUCUGCUGAUUAAGAAUUUAUGGAAUUUAUGCAAUGCGGAACAUUCGCACAUUUGCCAAGAAUCAGUGCCUUUGCUUUUGCACUGUAUAACCUUGCCAGCCGGUUCCGACGUGUUUUGGAGGGUUAUACAGGAAGAAUUCCAUAGCACCGAUUGGCGAGUACGUUUUGUCGCCGUGGAGCGUGUUACUGUUAUAGCUAGAUUUAUGGAUUCCAGUCCACUUCGCAAUAAUUUGUCAUUACAAGCUGCCUUAGCAAAUGCAUUUUGCUAUCUAAUUUCAAGUAUGGAUGAUUCCAAUGUCUAUAUCGCACAAAGAGCCACAUUAUAUUUAGGGACAAUACACGACAGCGCAAUAAAGUCAUUGAUUAUGUGUUUGGAAACCCAAUUCGACUCAGUAAUUGUCGAUAGGCCAAUGGUGCUCCAAUCAAUAUAUCAGUUGCACAAUUCGUUAAGCGAGAGAAAAAUUUUAAACUGGGAUUUUUUCCUGAACCGUUUUGAUACAUUAUUUCUAGAAGCACAAAUUAAUUUAGAGAAAUCAGGCGACAUAGUUACAUAUUUAAGAGAUUUACGAAACACAGAAGUAAAUAGUGAGGCCUUCUUAAGGAAGCUGCAUAGAGCAAAUGAAGCGCUCUCUCAAUCAGACGGAAGUUGCCUGAGCUCAGUGAAAACGCUGAGCGCAAGCUUCGGAACGAAAUGGCCUUACAAACGCACAAUGUCAGCACCAGCUUCCAUUUUACCCCGUCACGAUGUUAAAGAAUCAAAAGAAAAAGUGUACAGUCGACAAUACUCAGCCCCGAUCUUGAAACGGAAAAGUUCCAGGUUUGGACUCGAUGGCCAUAUGCAUUCAUUGAACGUCGUCGAUGAUCAAAAUAUCAUCGGAUUCUUGCAACGGGUCAUCGAUUUGGAGGAGUCGGACAAAGAGACGAUGCAUCUGCUGGUGUUCUUGUUGCUACAGUUUCUGUCCAGAUCAGACCAGGCGUUCCCAACGGAAGAUAAACAGAUCACAAAAACUCAGGGAAUUGUUCUUAGACAUCUUUAUUUACUAUUGGGUUACAGCCAGAACGACAGAGGUCUAUAUUUACCGCCGCAACGAUUGCGGACUUCACCAGCGUUCAAUGUAUAUCUUUCGAUUCUACCGCAGUUGAUGGACCAAAAUCAUCUGAUGGGUAGAAUACUAUUGUCGACUUCGUUAAUUUUAUUGCAAUAUGCUCCGUCACCUUUUUAUAUACCAAAUAGUUUAGAAUUCCAACAACCAACUUAUAGCUUAUGGGCUCUAGAAUCCCAAAGCAGACGGAACUGGCUAAUGUCAUUAGUUGUCUUGUUAUAUAAGUAUCAGUAUAUUCAGCAGCCUCAAUGUAUGCAACUUAGUUCGUUAAUAAAAAUAGUUUUGAACUCGUUGGACGCUCAACAUCAUCAGUGCAAACGUAUUCCGGCAACAAUAGCUAUGGGCGUUCCACCAUCAAGAUCUAGAGAUGUUAGUCAACCAUCUUUAGGCACAGACAAUGAACAUAUUGAACGGGUGACUACUCCUCCGUUAUCACCGAUGUAUUCGGGUGAAGGGCAAUCAGUCCAAGUGUCUGUAAGUUCAAAAGGUGGCAAAUCGCAAGUUAUGUAUACAAAACCAUCGUCUGCAGCUAGUAUGGAAACUCACUGGGAAGAAGCUAUUCAACCUGAUAAGAAAGAACGGAUUCGGAAAACUACUGAAUUCAGUUUAGAUGGAGAUGAAACCGAGUCUGAACUAAUAGCCAUACCAGAGAGUGAUCUGUCCGAUAGCACAUUGCACGGAAGUGUUCAAGAUGAAUUUGAAGAAACUGGCGACGAGUGCAGCGUCUUGAAGCAAGAUCGGACAGUGUUAAAGAUGCUCGAUACUUUGGAGAUCAAGAGGGAGAAAGGUAAAUCUAAUAAGAGGCCGACGUGGUUCAUCGGCAGCGAGGAGGACUCGGUAAAAUCUUGGGAACACAAGAACUUUACGAUACAGGACCUCGGCAAGGGUGAUAGUUAUGCAAAGAAUCGCAGCAAGUUCUCUGGCUUUGUUAAUACAGCCGCGUUGGUAGCGGGUGUUCCGAAUAUCCAGAUGGCAAAAACUGUAACCACGGAUUCGCACAGACAAGUUACCUGCUCAUCGAUUGAUACUCACCACAUCACAAAACCUACGCCUAUAGGAAAGCAUAAAAAGGUUAUAGAACCUAGUAUUACUCCAGUUUGUACUCCGGUUUCAGAUUGCGACGACUGUUAUAAGAAUCAAAAUCAGCACUUACUUCCCGCGCCAUCGAUCGAACGACUGUUGCCGAUUGGAUCGGCACGAACGCCAGAUUCGCCGAGAAUAUCAUCGUUCUUACCUAGUGUCGAUUCACAGUUAGAAAUUCCUAGCCAAGAAAGAUUAUUGCCCAUAGGGCAACACAAUAAAGAUAUCGCUCAGUUAGUAGAUAAAGUUCGACAAGCUUUAGGCAUCACUAUACAACCGAAUACGAAACUAGACUGCAAGAAAAACGAUAUUAAAGAGCACGUGCAGAUCCAUCAGAUCCAUUCGCAUAGUCCCAGAAGGUUAAUUAAGCAAGUAGCUUUGGAGAGUCCACCGAAUCCGAUUGAUAUCGAAGAUUCAGUAUUUAAAAUAUCAAACCCUGACAAUAAACGUAAAACAUGUGGAUUGAAUAGCAACAUUAUUAGCGAUGAGCAUUUUUGCGUAGUUACUUCGAAUAUUGAAGAUGGCUUAUUGAAUGCUCGACAGAGGAUGAGAAAAAUUGGGCCCUUCACAAUGGGAGCUUAUGCAAUUCGCGAUCCCGUGAAGCCAGGUUCUUGGUAUAGUCCACAGGCAUCCCCGAAGCUAGAUAUAAACGAACUCAAACAAAGUUCUUUUCGAAUUGGUGAAGAAUGCGUUAACCAAAGAUGUUCCGAAUGCGGGACUAUGAUUGAAGAAUAUAGCGAUGAAGAAGUUGGACUUUGCAUUGUUACUUUAGGGACGUUUAUACAUCGAGAACCAGCGUUGGCUGCACCUCUGUUACCAGAUAUAUUAAGCAUCGUUGCUAAAGUUGCUACGAACGCGAACUACCCUUGGCAAAGCGAAAGCAAUAUCCAUUUACCUGGUGGUGCUAUAAGCGUGGCUCAUCAAUUUCUUAGAUGCGUACUACACCAGCUUGCACCUAAUGGAGUAUUCAUUCAGAUGUUCCAAACUCAUGCAGUAACCACGACGCGCAUACAAUUUUUUAAAAGUGUUAUACAAGCAUUGAUUGAUUUCAAUGAGUUGGGCCCUGUAGCGCCUUUACAAUUGUUGUUAGAAACAUUAAACUCGAAGAAAACGCUGCCUGUCGAGUCGAUGCCAAUUAUACUAGAGAAUAUGGCUUGUUACUUAGAUUGUUUGCCUUUAGAGGCAGCUUUAGGACCUACGUCUCCUAUAUGGAACAAUGUAUUACAGCAAUUAGAAAUAUUAUUUAGGAAGUUAAUACUGUUACUGAACACGGUAGAAGAUAUAAUGCCAUUGCUAAGGAUCAUGAUAACCAUAUUUAAGAUACCCGUUAUAUCACAAUACAAAGGAAUACUCGAACCAUUUUCCAAAGUACUGAGUUACGCAAUUCAAACAAACGUAUUAAAAUAUAAUUAUCUAGUCGAUGUAUGUUACUUAUGCAAUAGAGCUUUCACGAAGGAUCGUGAUAAGCUGAUUUUAAGCCGCAUGGUUGUGUACGAGUUGGUUCAAGCUUUAAAGUUUAAAACAUCAAUACCAGACUCGAAUUUGUUGAUGUUAAUCAACUUAGUGCUUCAGGAUAUAGGUGGAUCAAUUCCAGCAAAUGUAGUAUUGCAAGAGUCAAAUCCAUACUACUUCGACUACGGACCAAUCUUCAAUACCAGCGUCUCUGAGUGCAUGAGACUCCACCUGGGUGACAUCCUCGAGUUCUUGACCGACUUCCACACCUUGGCCAAGAUAAAAAGUUAUUGUAAAGGAGUAACAGUGGGUUUGAACGAAGACACCAUUGGGGGCAUUAUAAAAUGUGGUGUCGCGCAGUAUCUAGCCUUGGAAAUCACCAGAGGCAAUGGCAGGGAUAAUAGGGCCGUAUCUCGAUACCUCCCUUGGCUCUAUAAUUCAUCUACAUUACAACAAACACCUAAAGAGUUUGUAGAAUGCAUUAGUCAUAUUAGAUUGUUGUCAUGGUUAUUGUUGGGAUCUUUGAUGCAUACUGCUUUGCAUGGCGGUGGACACGGCCAUACUUUGAGCCAACCAAUACCGCAAGAAGCCUCCUGUCAAAUAGCUGAUCAUAUUCAAGUUAUAAUGGCUGGAUUCGCUGAACAACCCAAAGCUUCGGUACUCCAUAUGUCUUCCUUAUUUCACACUUUCAUUUUGUGUCAGCUUUGGACAGUAUAUUUGGAACAAGGCCUAAGUUCUCAUCUGCCUAUUUCAGAGGCCUACAAUAUUACCAUGAACAUAUUGUUUCAUUUCUGGGACAAAGUCACCCCAUGUAUUCUCCAAUUAGUGCAGCAUUCUAAAAUGUUAAGCGAAAUAGUCAGUUUGCAUUUUUUGAGCAUGUUAGAAGCUCUGAUCGAAUGCCAGUCGACGUUUGUAGGGAAAUUGUUACCUCUCUGGACACCAGUACUUUGCUCCAAUCAAAUACAGUUGCCUGGUCAUCUUCAAGUCAGACUACAGAACUGUCGCAACUUCGUACCGAUAAUCCAUUCCGAAGUACUUCCAGAAAAGUCUAAACAAUAUAUACACAAUCCUGUUUUGCUGAAGUGGCUUCAACGGCUGCAGUUUAAAAUGGGUCAAAUUGAACUGCAAUCGUCGACUGCUACGCAAUUCUAUUCUUUGUAGUUAGUGAAAAGUAAACAAAUAAAUUUUGAA